AGCUAGGGGAGCAGCGGAGCCUUGGGGUUGAGAAAGGGGGAGGGAAGGGCGUGUGCGUGAGUGUGACCGCGAGGGGUGGCUGUCUCGAUCUGAGCGAAGGAGAGGGCAGGGGAUUGAGGCAGAGCUCUCUGGGUGUCCCCGCCCGCUCCUGCUCCCCGGCGCCCUUCACCAUGGACUUGCGCGGAGUUGGGAUGGACCACUGCAGCUACCGGGAGCUGGCUGUCGGGCCCCGGGAUUCCGCAGGUACGCGCGCUUGGCUGGCGAGGUAGGAUGGCCGCGCAGCGCGAUCCCCGCCGUCCCCACGCAGCGGUCCGCGGGAGGUGCCGCUGACUCUCGAAGCGCACAGGGGUGUGGGCGGAGGCCGCCCAGCCGCGCCCGCACCUUCGCCAGUCGUUUCGCCUCUUCCACCCACUCGCACCUAAAGCUGCGCGGAUACCAUGUCGAAGGCGGCUGGAGGCGCGGCGCCGGCGGCGGAAAGUUGUCCCUCGACUCCGGCCGGCGCGUCGACACCCGCGGGCGUGGAGGAUCUAUCUAAAGUGACGGACGAAGAGCUGCUGCAGUGGAGCAAGGAGGAGCUCAUCCGCAGCCUGCGGCGCGCCGAAGCCGAGAAGGUGAGCGCGAUGCUGGACCACAGCAACCUCAUUCGCGAGGUCAACCGCCGCCUGCAGCUGCAUCUCGGCGAGAUCCGAGGGCUCAAGGAUAUUAACCAGAAACUCCAGGAAGACAACCAGGAACUGAGGGACCUAUGCUGUUUCCUGGACGAUGACCGGCAGAAAGGCAAAAGGGUGUCCCGGGAGUGGCAGAGAUUGGGUCGCUACACAGCUGGAGUGAUGCACAAGGAAGUGGCCUUAUACUUGCAGAAGCUGAAGGAAUUGGAGGUGAAGCAGGAGGAGGUGGUGAAGGAGAAUAUGGAGCUUAAGGAACUCUGCGUGCUGCUAGAUGAGGAGAAGGGUGCAGGAUGUGCCGGCAGCCGCUGCUCCAUUGACAGCCAGGCCAGCCUGUGCCAGCUGGUGGCCUCCGCUGCCCCUUAUGUGCGGGAUGUGGGUGAUGGCAGCAGCACCUCCAGCACUGGAAGCACUGACAGCCCCGACCACCACAAACACCAUGCCAGCGGGGGCAGCCCUGAACAUUUACAGAAGCCCCGGAGUGAGGGCAGUCCAGAGCACACCAAACACAGGAGCACUAGCCCUGAACAUCUACACAAACCCAGGGCUUCCGGGACCCCAGAUCACCCCAAAGCACUGAAAGGACCCAGCCCUGAGCACCACAAGCCCUUGUGCAAGGGCAGCCCGGAGCAGCAGAGGCACCCACACCCAGGGAGCAGCCCAGAAAUGCUGCCCAAGCACGUGUUGAGUGGGAGCCCUGAACAUUUCCAGAAGCACAGGCCUGGAGGCAGCCCGGAACAUGCCAGGCACAGCGGAGGGAGCCCUGAACAUCUUCAGAAACAUGCCCUUGGUGGAAGCCUGGAGCACCUCCCCAGAGCCAGGGGAACAAGCCCAGAGCAUCUCAAACAACAUUACGGGGGCAGCCCUGAUCACAAACAUGCAGGUGGCGGUGGAGGCAGCAGCGGGGGCAGCAGGGAGGGCACCCUCCGGCGGCCUGCUCAAGAGGACUCAUCACCCCAUCACCGGAAUGUCUACAGCGGCAUGAAUGAAUCAACCUUGUCCUAUGUUAGGCAGCUGGAGGCCAGAGUCAGACAGCUGGAAGAAGAAAAUCGCAUGCUGCCCCAGGCCACCCAGAAUAGAAGUCAACCUCCAACUAGAAACAGCUCAAAUAUGGAGAAAGGCUGGGGGCCCAGAGCCCGGCGGGUCUUGCAGUGGUGGCAAGGGUGCCGAGGAAUAGGACGAUGCCUGCCCUCUCUCCCGGGUUCUUUUAGGUUGUCAUCAGGGGCUGAUGGGAAUAACAGUUCACCCAACUCUCCAGCUAGCUUCAGUGGACAUACCACACCUUCUCAGCAGCCUGAACCUGUGGUACAUUCUCUUAAGGUCUUGGAUGUUGAGGAAACUAUAGAUCGUCAACAGGGUAAAGAGUAUGACCAUGACCUUAGUGAGACAGAAAAAGCUAUAGUCAGAGAAAUGUGCAAUGUUGUGUGGAGGAAACUUGGAGAUGCUGCAGGCUCCUGUCCUGGAAUUAGGCAACAUUUGUCAGGAAACCAGUACAAAGGGCCUAUGUGAGAAGCACUGCCUUCAAACAUGACCUCACCACUACUAGAGACAGCAGAAAAAGAAGUCAAAGAAGAAAUUCAGUUUCUACAAAAUAGAACUCAUGACAUCACAUGGAGUGAUUGUACAUUGCUCAUAUUUCCCUUCUAAAUCCUUCAGUGUACCUUCCCCCAUACAGCUAAUACGCGCUAAAUGUCUCAACUUUGGUGUUCAUAGCAGUCUCAAGGUAGCUUUGGAAAAUCGUUUUAGUAUGAUACUUUCAUGACAACUGAAACGUUUUUGACUCUUCACAACCAUGAUUGACAUAUUGGGUAAUCUGCAUGGUUGGUGAGUCCAGUAGAGCCUCUGUGGCUUUGAUAGAGGUUGUUCAUUGUAUCUAAUGGUAGGAACUUUCUACUGUGUGGAAGAUAUGAAGAAGUAUUUUCGAGCAUACAACCUGGGUUGGGAAGCUCCCUCAUAUCUAUAUCAGUUGAGGAAAGAUUGCUUCCUGAUGCAUAAUUAGUUGGAUGCAAGAUAAUAUUUGGUUUUCUCAUUUGAAUUCUGAGGUGCUAAAAAAAGUAAUAUAAAAUCUUUUACCAGCUAGAAAGGUAGGAGGAAUUUUUAGAGUGCUUAGCAGAGAGUAUCAUUUAUUUUCAAUUGGUCAAAAUAAAUAAUUUAAUUUUGAUGAGUUGUUUAUAAAGGCAUGUCUUUGGACCAUACAAACCUUCAUAUAUAUUCAAUGUACCAAUGUCAACUAACAAGGAAACAAACAUAAUUUUUCUAGGUGUUUCUAGCUGUGAGAUUGUCCAUUUCUACAAUUUAGUUUCUA